AUGCGUUUCCUGAGGCGUCAGGGUGUAGUCGACGUUGAGGACGACGACGACAGCGGACCGCAAGACAGUGACAUUGAGGAGCCUGAAGAGCAGGAAAACGAAGAGCAGGAGCCUGAGGGACCCGAGGAACCCGAAGAACCAGAGGAACCUGAAGAGAAACGACCACCGACACCCCCACAACUAUCGGCACAGAUUCCCUCACCUCUAGAUCCGAAGCCAAAUAGGCCCACGAAUGCACCAGGUCCAGGUCCAUUGCAACCUCCGCAACCCACAUCCAUAACUACGUCAGAACUUUUACCAACGCUGCCAAUCCCAAUAGUGGGCGAGGUCAAUGCAGAUAAUCCUCAGCCACACUUUGGGUUAUCUGAAUCACCGACUGAUUCAAUACUCUCCAGCCAUUCAGCGGUCGUAGCACUGACCACCAUUUCUAUGUCCGGAACUUCCCUCGUGAGCUUAAUUACACCGAGUACAACCAACAGGAUAUCAACUACUAUUGCUACAAGCUUUGUAUUUGCAGGAACGCCUUCAGACAUCGCAAAAUCAUCGCAAAUUACCCCAUUCACGACGAGCAGUGAUGAACCAUCAUACAUCAUGGCAGCAGACCAAUCACCUAGUGAUACGUCCUCCCUGUCUCCAGUUGCAGAAAAGUUGUUGAUCACAACGGGCGCAUUGAGUAAUCUAUCUCGCGACACUAUAUACGAUACCGAACCUAACACUAGCCUAGGUGGAGCCGUUAUGAUCAUCCUCGCAGUGGUGAUCAUCGCAAAACGGCGAAAGCUGAAGCGAGAUGCUUUAUACAUCCCAGGGCCGAGUAAAUGUGCGGAAAGAAAGGGCCAGGAUAUGAACACAAGGCCUUUGUUGGUCAGGAAGACUACGACGAUUAAAGUGCAGCAACACGCGCUUGGGACUUGAUUUGAGUCCUCGACCAUCGGAAGAGAACCGAGGGCCGGCCCCCAUCUCUUCAAGCAAUACGAAUUGGAUGAAACUGUUUACGGAACCAACAAGGCAUCAAGUUUAUCCAAUGAAAAAG